AUGUAUAGACUUCAAACGUAUUUAAUUGUUUCCUUUAUCAUUGGAUUAGUUCUCAGUAUUAGUAUUGCAGAAGAAACUCAAACAAUUUCGACUAACAUUCCUUCAUUAAAAGCUAUUAAUGAAAAGCACCUAAAGGGAUUUGAUAAUCCUUCUAAUCUGUCAAAUAGCGAAGAUAUCGAAGAUUCAUACGACAAUCAUAAUCCUGAUGAAAAGAUUCCUGAGAAAUGCUCUAAAGAAAUUAACCAUAUCGAAAGUUCAGCAGAUAUGAAUAAUAUUAGAGAUUGCAAAAUUAUUACAGGAGAUAUUGUUAUCAAUGACUAUAAGGAACCUAUUAUUGAGUUCGGUGAUAUUAUGAAUAUAUUCGGAAAUUUAGAUAUUCAACGUGCUUCAAGCUUGGUUAGAAUUGAAGCAGACAAUGUCCAUAGAAUCGGAAAUAGGUUCAUAUUGAAAGAUUUAACUUCACUUAACUCAAUUUCUUUCGCAUCAUUACGGUAUGUCAAAAUAGUUGAUUGGAAAGUGUUACCCAUAUUGAAUGUUGCCCACUUCGGGAAUGCAAUAAAAGAAACCGAGAGUGUAACUGUUUCUGAUACCUCACUAGUUGAAUUUCCUGGAUUCUUAUCUAAUAAGUUAGAAAUAUUAGAUAUAAAUAAUAAUCGAUAUCUAGAAUCUAUUUAUUCCAAUGUUGAAAAAAUUACUGGAAGAUUGCACAUAGCUGCCAACUCAAGAGAUGUACGAGUUUCAUUGCCAAAAUUACAGUCUGCUAAGAAUGUAAGCAUUCACGAGGUUUUAGAUCUUGAUUUAAAUAAUCUUGAAGAAAUUGAGUCAUCCAUUAACUUUGUUAAUAACCUUUUUAUCAAUUUAAGUUUGCCCGUCCUUAAAUCUAUUGGGGGUACUUUGAGCUUAUUGAAGAAUGAAAAUCUUGGUAAGGUUGAAUUUCCAAAUGUAACAGAAAUUGGGGGUGGAUUAAUGAUCGUUAAUAACACCAAAAUUGAUAAAAUUAAUUUUUACCCUAAACUAACAAUUAUAGGUGGAGCCAUCGAAUUAGUAGGUAAUAUUAAAGAGACAAACUUGAAGAAUUUAAAAUUAGUUAAAGGAAGUGCGAAAAUAAAGUCCUCUGAUAGUUCAUUUGAUUGCACUAAAUGGACCAAAAGUGAACUUAGUUCAGUAAUUAGAGGAGGUAAAAUUGAAUGUAUUAAUGCCAACAAUGAAAGAAUAACCGCCGAUACUCCGACAGAAGGGGGAAAUAACGACACCGCAGAUAAUGACGAGCACAGCGUAAAACUAGCUUCGAAAGGUGUGAACUUAAAUGCAACAAGGAAUUUGAAAUAUAUUUUACUUUUAUUCAUUUUGAUGCUUAUCAAUUAA